GUACCAUCCGUCGUGCCACGGGCCGGACACUACUGGCCGGACACUCCGAACGCGCUCUCGAACGGUGACCGCGAAAUCCGAAAUCCGCACCCCCAUCUCGAACUCGAAACAAAUACAAAAGAUCGACCGGCCGCGAAGGUGUUGAAGUUGUAGUGGCCCAGCUGUUGUUUGGAUCUUGUACAGCCCUUCACGUCCGACCUGAUCCCAUCAUGAGGACAACGAUGCUGCUGCUGCUGGCGUGCGCGCUGCAGGCGCUGUCGGUGCUGGCCUCGCCCUACGGCGGCGGCGUGCCUUCCCCCGCCGCGGACUACACCUACUCGUACAGCAGCGGCGUGGCGGCCGGCCACGAGUCGCGGGCGGGCAGCCUGACGCACGGCGGCUUCUCCUACGUGGACGCCAACGGCCAGGUGCAGUCGCGCCGCUACGAGGCGGACGGCGCGCGGGGCUUCGUGGUGACGGCGACCGAUGCGCAGGAGCCGGUGCGGGAGACCCCCGAGGUGGCGCGCGCGCGGCAGGAGCACCUGGAGGCCGUGGCGCGCGCCAAGGCGCUGGUGGCGGGUGCGGCCGGCUUCCACCCCGCCGUCCCGGCGCCCGUCGUCGACACCCCGGAGGUGGCCGCCGCGCGUGCGCGGCACCUCGCCGUCGUGCACGACGCCCACUCCCGCUCCGGGUACGUGGGCGUGUCCGUCACCCCGGCGCCUCUGCCUUCAUGGUCCACCCCCGGGGUGGGCGUUUACUCCGUGUCCAGCACGCCAGCCCCAGUCCAGGAUACGGUCGAGGUAGCCGCCGCCAAGGCUAAGCACCUCGCCGCCGUGGAGGAGGCCAAAGCCCGUGCGGCAGCCGCCGCGACCAGCGGUGGAUCCAGUGUGUCCUCAUACCGUCAGGCCUACUCAGCCGCUUCGUCAUACAGCCAACAGCAGCAGCACCAGCACCAGCACCAGCAGGCCCACUCGGUGUACUCCAGCGGCAUCCCCGUCCAGGACACCGCUGAGGUGGCGGCCGCCAAGGCUCAGCACCUCGCCGCCGUGGCACAGGCGGCAGCGCGCGUGUCCUCCAGCAACUCCAUCUCCAGCCAGUACGUGGCCCCCGCCACGGCCGCCCCCGCCUUCGUGUCCAGCAGGUUCCACUACCCCAACGUCCCCGGCGAGCUGUCACGUUUCCCCGCCCUUGCCCCCGCACCCAUCGCCGCCCCCGCGUGGCCCAGCGUCUCGGUGCGCUACAACACCAUCGCCGCCGUGGAGGACAACAGCGGCCGCUACGAGGCCGACGACGAGGGCCGCUACAUCCCCGGCAGGGGAGCCGACGACGAAGGUCAGUACGACCCCCGACUCGACGCCGAAGGCCAGUAUGACCCGCGCCUGGACGCCGAGGGUCAGUACGUGCCGAGCCUCAACGACGAGGGCCAGUGGACGCCCAGCGCCAACGAGGGGCAGUACAUCGCCGGAAGGGAGGACCAGAACGGCGAGGACAACAUGCCCUACAGCUACAGCUACUCUGACGGCCUGAGCAGCAAGACGGAGACCAAGACGGCGGACGGCGUCACUCGGGGACGCUUCUCUUACGUGGACGCCAACGGAGUGUUGCAGGGCCUCGAGUACGAGGCGGACAAUGUGAACGGCUUCCGCGCCUCCGGCACCAACCUGCCGCAGGCCCCUGCCUCCUCCUACCAGCCGGGGUCGUACGCCGCCCCAAUGCAGGCGUACCGCGCUCCCAUCGCGGCCUACGGCGUACCCUCGCUGCAGCCGCGCCCUAUCGCCGCCGCCUACGCCGGUGUCCCCGUCCCGGACGUCCCCGCCGACACGCCGGAAGUGGCGGCCGCCAAGGCAGCGCACUUCGCCGCACACCGGGAGGCCGGCGCCCGCCUCGCCAACGCCUACGCCGGCUAGGCGCUGACGACGUCCUCCCCCGCGACCAGGUCGCCCGAGGCCGGACCGCCUCCAGCGGGCGUACGGCGCCGGGCCAGCCGGGCUCUGUUUGGCAUCGCUGGGCGGCGUUUCUCACGUAGUUUUAACUAAAUGCAUUUUUCGGAAGCAACACUUUAAAAUGAUUUCGUGACCCGACCUCUCAAGGUCGCGAUGAGAAACGAGCUCGUCCAGCCGUCUUUGCGUUCUUUUGUCUGCGGAGGCUACUGCGUCUCCCUGCUGCGCAUUCGAUAGUGUUCUGUGAUUUGGUGUUGAGUUGGAUGGGGGCCUGCUCUUGGCAUCGUGAAGACUGGAUCCCAGUCUUUCCGAAGUCGAUUGAUGGCGAACUAAAUGUAAGCAAAAAUUAAAAAAAAAGGAUUUAAUUUCCAUCGUCACCGCGCUCUGUAUCACAUUGCAAUAAAUCUCGGGGCCGCCCCGGCAUCGCCUUGUAACCGGAGCGCCUGUAGGAAACUUAAAGUCAGACUACAGAUAACUAAUUUAUUUAUUGUGCCGAAACGAAACACCUUAGUCUUAAUCGUUCGCCACCAUGUAGGAACUGAUAGUUUUGCAGUAACUCUUUCUCCGUCUAUAUCUGAGAAGAGAGUUACGGCUAGCAGAGUGCCCGACUUUGUACGUGCACAAAUAUGGACUGAUAAUAAAAUACUGACUUGGAAUGUG